UCAAAUGACAACAAAAAGGAAUGGACAUGUAAGGUGGAAUGAUCAGUGGAAUAAAUGACAACAAAAAGGAAUGGACAUGUAAGGUUAGAGUUGUGGAGAAACGGAACAUCAAAGACUCAAGGACGAGCCCUAACAAGUACAGACCUUUUAUAUUGCAGGAUGAGGAGGUAAGCUUAUAAAGCUUAUAAAAUAAUCAAUCCUAGAGCGUACAUAUUACAUGCACUAAUUAUGUUCCAUUCAACCAUUUCUGUACAGGGUACCAAGGUUCUUGCUCUCGCAAAUAGUGGUGACAUUGAACAAAUUGAUAAGAUACUCGGCCUCAAAAACACGUACUAUAUAAGCAAUGUUGCUGCCAUGCCUAACCAAGUAUAGUGGUGAUCCCCCAUCCGCAAACUAUAAUUACAUCUAGAUGUUGAGUAAAAAGACUUGGAUUGAGGCAGCCCCAAAAUCAGAACAAAUUCAGGCAACAAAUGAGACAGACACAAUCCUCACACAAUUCUUUGACUUCUAUGACUUAUGCGGUUCUAAAACCCCAAUCAAUUUCAUGGCCAUUGUGAUUCAGAGAAUGCCGAGAGAGUAUGUCUCCGUUCCUGGACAUGCCAAAAUCGCACAUGAUUUCAUGCUUGUGAAUGAAGAAAUGAAACCAGUUGUGUUGACUCUUUGGGAAGAUUUCACAAUGAAUCAAGGCCGGGAUAUAACCUUUUUCUUUUUCAAG